CUUGACGUUUAUUAAUUUCUUUUUAUUUCUCUGAAUAGUUUCGAUUCGUCAAGUUUAAAGUUCGUUUCUUGAGAAAUUUGAACGUACAGUUUGCCGUAGCUGAUAAUUCGGUGCUUUAAUUUAUAACAAGCGAAAUCAUAUUUCCAUUAAUUAGAUGUUGAACGGACACUGAAAUCUGUGCAAAGUGCAACGAUUAGUAAAAAAUACUGUGUACAAAUUGUUACAACACGUUGUGGAAAAUUGUACAGAUUGGUUGAAUAAAGUCAGAUUAAUUUUCAAUAGACUUUGGGAUAUUGAAAAAAAUAAAAUAAUCGAAGGCGCAACGUUAAAUUUUCAAAUUUAUCAUUUCAUUCUAUCGAGUGACUCGCCGGUCUGAGGAAACAUCGAGUGUCCAAAUCGAUCGAAUUCGUGGAAACUCCCGGAAUUUCAGAUAACGAGAAACGUUACGAGUCACGUGGAAUACACGAGAAUUAUUUCUGCGCGCGUUUCGAGCCGACGACGCGUCGCGUCGCGACGCUUGUAAGAGUAGAAUAAUCGGCUCAUUUCGUGGACGGCUUUCCGCGCGUCGAUAUCGCUGCGUAGAAACUUCGUCGGCGAUUCCUUAACUACAUCACGGUGACGUGUGUGCCGUCAAUAAGUUGCAUCGCGGCGAUGAAAAACUAAAAAUUGUUCAAUCAAGUUCACUUCGGAUUUAUAAAUAAAUUUAUACGAAUAUUCAAGCCCUGCAGCUAAUUUAUUUUUGCAUCAAAAUCGAGGAUCCAGGUUGCAAAGGCAAUCAGCAAUGGAAGAUCCGGCAACGCAUCCGGAUGAACGUUUAACAAUAAGCGAUCAUGACAUGUGCCCGAGCUUACGAGCUGCCUUAAAUUAUUCACCGGUAUAUUUCGAUUCCAGUGACGGGGAUGACGACCCUCUCGCCCUUCCGGAAACGACUUUCGUAAUUAACGAUGACUGGACCAUUUCGUCGCAGGAAUUACCAUCCCUCAGACAUAUUCCGGAAGAAGAUCCUGACGCAACCGACGCGGAUGACGUCGACGCCGAAAAUACCGAGGACGAAGUCGACUCCUUCGUAAACCAUGGCGAUAUCCUUUCGCGAAUAGAAAACAACUGCGACGAGGACGAGCAAGUCGUCCCCUCCAGUCCUAACGAAAUUCUGGACAUUGGCGAGGAGUCAAAUUCUUCGGGUUCCAGCCUAGACGGUGAAAACGUCGAAAUAAUCAACGAAGAAAUAAACGAGGUUGAAGAGGAGCAGGAGAUUCCGGAACCGGAAGUGAAGAAGAAAUCAGACGUCGAUGAGAAGCGCGGGAAUCGCAGCAGCAGUCCUCAACCUCCGUGAAUAUCGGCGAUACCGGAAACCGGAACGAGUCGAAGUUCUUUCAGACUGUCACGAUUUGUAUUGUACAUUUAACGCGAGUCAUCGAUCGAUGAUCGGAAUUAGAAAAUCAUCGUCGUAACUCAAUUGUCGGGUGUUAGUUGAACUUUGCAUGAAUCGUCAAUGUGUUUUCUUGUUUAUAGAAGGUUACUGAUGACGAUCAUACGUGUAUCGAGACUUGCUGCUCGCGUAAAAACGUAGACACGUUAUUGUUCAUUUUCUGAAUCACUGUUUCAUAUAAAACGCACGAAACGUGGUCAGCGUUAUUAUGGAUAUGCUGGAUAUUGUGAAAAUAGAACGAUGCAAUCGUGACGUAGAUAAUUUGUGGAUGUGGUUAUUGUCUCAUUGUCACAAGAGAUUUAAACAAUUAUCUCUGAUGAAUCAUGUAUGAAUAUGUCUUUUUUCCGAAUCCUCGAUAAAUACUUUCAAUCGUGAAUAUUACACUGAAAUUUGAGUCAAUUACAUCACGCGGACAAAUUAUGUUCAUGAUCAAUGAAUUCAGCAGCAAUUUGUCUGCAUAUCGGUUAGAAAAUUUCCGAUCGUUUAACCUUUUUUCGUUAUAUACAUAUUUAAAUGAAGUCGGUGUGAAUUUUCAUAAUUUGUGGAUUAAAAAACGAUUUUACUUUCGCUGAGAAACUUUUCAAAGCGAAUUUCAAACGAAUUAUAGCUCUCUCAAUACUAUGUGUAAUUUUAUUUACAUUACUGGUAUGAAUCUGUAUUUUCAAUCAAAAGAGUUAACCGGACUAUAUUUAUAUUUUUUAUUCUCAACUUCAGGGUUAAUACAGAUCGCGAUGUAUUAAUAGUUGAAUUGUUAAUCAACGUUUGAUUAUUUUUUCUGUAUUCUUGUGAAACUACACGAGAAAUUGUUUCUCAGACUUGUUCUUUCGCCGUUCGAGAAUUUUUAGAUCAUGCCUUUCAAACAUUUCAAUAUUCGAUGUAUGUAAAUAGUACGAUUCUAGAAACAAAAAUGUAGUAUAAUUUUGAUUCAUUAUAUGAAAUAAAAUUUCAUUAUGGUGUUACAUAUAUCUGGGACGGCUGAAACUAGGGUUAUAUGUAUAAGAUUUUUUUUUCGUAUAUGAAACUGACUGUUAUUGAACAACCAUAAUAUAUCUUUGAAAGUAUGACGUUUUAUCUAUAUUGUGUGAAAAUUUGGUUGAAAUAUUUCAAACGGUAAAAAAGUUACAGUCGUUUUUCUGGGACGCGUGUUUGGUUCGCUACUUAUGAUGAAAACAAAAAAAAAAAAAAAAACUGCCAGGUAUC